UGUCUUUUAUAAUAUUAAAAUUUAUUGGCCGAGUAAAGAUUAAGUGAUAACCCAAGGCACAACGAAUGGAAUAAGAGCAAAGAAUGAUGAAGACAUAAAAAAAAGGCAAGAGGAGUCCAUGAUUUGGUUCAGGAAAAUACUAUAACUACCUGCCUUGGCUUAAUUAGAUCGAAUAAGAGAGCCUUAAAAAUUAGCCAAAUUAAUUAUAAUGAUGCAGCUGAAUCCCUCAGUUAGCUCAUCCAUUUCCUCUGAACAGUUUGUGCAAGUGGAGGCUAUCACCUACAUGGACCAUGAUUUGUUCAAAGCUGCGGCGGAUGGUGACGUGGAACUAUUUAAUAAGUACCAAGGUGGUCUUCAUCGCCUGGUUGAUGGAAGCAAAAACACAGUGCUUCAUAUUCACUCCAGAACUGGAGGACGAAAGCCAGUAAAAAAUGUUAAAAGGUUUCUGUGUUUUCAGAAAAGGGUAUUUAAAAGAGAGUUCUGCAAUAACUUUGUGGAGCAACUUGUCUUCAAGUGCCCAUCACUGCUACUGCAACGCAAUGCCAACUGGGAAAUCCCAUUGCACAUUGCAGCAAGACAUGGGCAUUCUGGCAUAGUCAAAGUCCUUAUUGAACGCGCCAAUGUAGUGCUACAUGAAGACCCCGAGAGAGGGUUGGAUGCAACCGGGGCGAGGCAGAUGCUGAGAAUGAGGGAUGAGGAAGAAAACACUGCUUUCCAUUUGGCCGCUCGAUAUGGUCAUCUUUAUGUGUUGCGACUAUUGGUCAAAGAAGAUCCUGAUUUUGCUUUCUCCGCUAAUACAAGCGGUGAGACUCCACUCUACUUAGCUGCCGAGGGAGGAUAUCACGGUAUGGUUACUGAGAUGUUAGAUAAUUGCAAAUCAACGGUUUAUGGCGGCCCCCAUGGUAGAACAGCUUUGCAUGCAGCAGUCCUGGCCGGAGAUGAAAAGACAGUAAGGAAACUAAUAGAGGCAAAAAUGCAACUAACCAAACAAACCGAUGACAAUGGGCGGACUCCACUCCACUAUGCUGUGCAUUUCGGUAAACGUUCAAUUGCCAAAGUUUUGUUGGAAAAAGAUGCAUCUGCUGCUUAUAUAAGUGAAAAAGAGAGAGGGAUGUCGGCUCUCCAUAUGGCAGCUUGGCAAGGCGAGCAAGGGAUAAUGGAAGAAAUUAUCUCCAAUUGUCCAGGUUGCUGCGGAAUGGUGGACAAAAGAGGCUGGAAUUUUCUUCACUUUGCUGUCGUUGCAGUACCUCCCAAAAAACUUAAUAGAUUCUUAGUUGAUUACAAGAUUAAUGAUUUCACAAAUAGAAAUCUUUUUCAUGAAAAGGAUGCUAAUGGGUACACGCCUAUCCAUAUCUACUUCGCGGGGCCUGCUCGUCAGCUCUUUGGCUGGUUUUCUUUUAAUUCUUUUCUUCUAGAUCGUGAACUUCAAGUAAGAGGAUGGAAGUCCUGGCAAUUUUCCGACCAAAUGACACGAAAGAAGAAACAUAUUCGCCAAUUGUUGAAUGACAUUGGUGAUAAUGCAGAAGUGGAAGGGUUACGGGUUCACCCAAACUUCAGAGAAAAGGUAAAGGACGAGGAUGAUGUCUCCUUCAUCGAAGUUGUGGAAAAAACACGAGAGACCCAUUUACUGGUGGCAACGCUUGUAGCAACCGUAACAUUCGCCGCAGCAUUCACCGUACCUGGUGGAUACAAAAGUGAUGAGCAAGGGGAUGCAACCUUAAGUCGUGACCCAGCUUUUAAAGCCUUCAUUAUAACAGAUACCCUCGCAUUUGUUUCCUCUCUUUUAGCGGUCCUGCUUCAUUUUCUCUUGGUAUUCCUGAAGUGGAGUCUAGUUAAUCUUCGAUUUCAGGUGAUUGGUCUGGCAGAUGUCCUAACUUUUUCUGCGAUGAUAGCAAUGGUGAUUGCUUUCAGCACAGGCAGUUAUGCAGUGUUACAAUCUUCCAUGGGGUUUGCUAUCGCCACAUGUUCCCUUGGCCUCACCUUCAUUCCCGGUUUGCUCAUUGCUUAUGCCAUUUAUUACUUCUUUCUCUUAUGAAGGAUACCAUAGUUACCCCCAACUACAAGCCUGCUACUGCCAUAAAAUUAAUUAAAAUGCAAAAUGCCGACUGUUUCAUUUCUAUUGCUAUAUAUGAAUCAAUGAAAUAAAGGGGCAUUAAUUCAAGGAUUCGAUGUGGUUAUUGCUCAAGUUAAAACAAGUUACAAGUUCCUUUCUGCCCCUUAGUUUCUAAGCUAUUAAUGUUUCAUGACGCUUUUCAUUUUUGGCAAUAAAUAUACUGUUUAUUUUUUUUCUCAUCCACUCUAUAUCCGUCCUUUAUAUAAUAGUCCGUCCAUCUUGUUUUCUUUGGACUCUUUUCAUAUUCUCUUUCAAAUUUUGAACACCCACCGUUGCUAAAGCUUUUAGUAUGUAAUUCCACAGGUCAUUUAUAUCGAGGUCUUAAUUUGGAGUUUACAUACACCGAAUUUUUUUUGAAAAAUUUUUAAU